AUGACCCCCGAACCUCAAGCAAACCCAGAGAAGAAAGUCACUGUCAAUGGAAGCCACCGAUCGAAUGAACUGCAGGAGCAUGACGUCGUGUGCGAGAAGGGCCGUGGGGAUCAUGAACGAUGGGCUGGUAACCGAUUGUAUCGCUUUUUGAUCAAUUCGCACAAAGAGACUUACAACGAUCUCACACCAAUGGAGCGAUCAGCGAUCAUCGGGAACAUCAUCGGAACCAUCAAGGGAAAGGGAGGAUGGUUUGUGCAGAACGAUGAAGGCCUUGGAAAGUUGGCUCGUUUGACCGAGGAAAAGGUGCGCAAAAAGGUCUCAGAUGAUCUUCGCCGAGAAGUGCGAAGACGGCGAGAGAAACGGACAAGCAACACUGCCUUUAGCUCCAAACUAAAGGCAUUGACGAAAGUAGAACCGAGAAGCGAAGAGAAAGUAGAUCUCAAGACACCCGUCGACGAUCCACGUGCAGCUGAUGUUUUGUUUGGCCCAGGUGCGAGACGUCAUCCAGGAAACAAAACUUACUGGGACCUCAUGAAACAAAACCUGAAUCAAUACAUCAUUUCUCCAUAUGGGGCAAGAUCUAUUAUCAGCAAGAGUAUAGUUCAAGGCAUUCGACAACUCGAUGGCCGUUUCCUUGAACAAGACCAGAAGACUUCGAUUUGGUACGAGAUCAGCGAUAGGCGUGCCAUCGAGAAGACAUCUCAUGCACUUAGCAACAAGAAGUACAAGACUCGAAGACGCGAUACUGAUGACAAAGAUGUUUCAACUCCACUCAAAAUUGAUGCAACGGUGGACUCUGAUGUGACGUCUUUCUCCAGUAACGGUUCUGAUGCUGAGAAUGCUCCAUUAUCAACAACGAGUGGUUCAAAGAAGCGCAGAUUCCUUGAGCGAAUGGACGAUGUUCCUGUCGAUGGCGACAUUGCCACAGACAGAGGCGUUCUUCUUCUUACUUCUUUGAAUGCCGUCGGAUCAAAGUCCGUCACCAGCAAGAAAACACCAACUGGUACUCCUCCAGCCACUCCCCCAACAAAAUCGAAGAACUUGUCCAUGACAGUCAUUACACCCAAUCAUGACUCGAGAGCUGCUGCAAGCGUUUCAAGUGUUUCAGAUGAGUCUAGUUACGGCGAAUCCCAACGCCCUGCCAAGACCAUGCCACCACCAGUCGUUAAUGCUCCUCACAUUCAAGAGUUCUCAUACCCAAGACCAGGCGCAGAGAUGGGACCCAGAGUCGCACCUCGCUACGGCAGGUACAUGGAGGAGGAAUACUACAAUCACGAGCACAUGAUUCACAAACUUCCACCAUCUCCAUACCCGCGUCGUGUGGAAGAGUACUCCUCACUCUACCACAGAUACCCGCAUGGACAACCACCACCAUCCCCGGCUGGUUACCGCUUUCCCCCAAAAGGCCAACGACCACCAUACUCAUUGCCGAUGACUCCUUCACGUAUCCCUCACCACCCUCAAUAUUGGGCGAGCGAAUAUGCAUCACCGCCUCCUGCCCGUCGGGGUGACGAGCAAAAGGCAUGGCAUUGA